CACAGAAAACAAAACAGAUUCAUCAUGUGCAGCCUGGAUUGACCACAUCCCCUUUCGGGAACCAGUGUGAGUAGGAGCCACGGAGAACAGCCACCUACCUAAGAAAUGUUUACAGGAGAGACAAUGCUCAAAGGGAUACACUAGGAAGAGACGCUUGCGACUGUUCCCGGGAGUAAGGCAAGUAUGAAGGAGCUAAGUGUGCGACGGCAGACCCGAGCCCUGCUGCACAAGAAUCUGCUCAAGAAAUGGCGGAUGAAGAGAGAGAGCUUGUUGGAAUGGGGCAUACCAGUCGUUAUAGGACUGUAUAUGGGUCUGUUCUCCUACUUCAGAAGAAGUAUUCAGGUCCCCGAAGUCCCUCCUCAGGAUCUUGGAAGUCUAAAUGAAUUUAAUGGAUCUUCUCUAAUGGUUGUAUAUACACCGAUCUCUAACAUAACCCAGCAGAUAAUGAACAAAACAACAUUUGCUCCAACUAUGAAAGGAACAAGAAUCAUCGGGGUACCAAGUACAGAAGACCUGGAAGAACUUCUUAUGAAGAAUGUGCCAGACGUGUUUGGAGUCAUAUUUAAUGACACUUACUCUUACAAAUUAAAAGUAUUUAUGAUGUAUGGAAAUCCAUUUCUGAAAGAGGACUUAUUAGCUCAUUGCUGGGAUUUAAUUCCUCAUGUUUUCUGUUCACUUUCCACAUACUGGAAAAGAGGCUUUGUGGCUUUACAAACCGCCAUUAAUGCUGCGAUUAUAGAAGUCACAACAAACCACUCGGUGAUGGAGGAGCUGAUGUCCGUCGACGCGAUCAAUAUGAAGACAUUACCUUUCAUUUCUAAAGAAUUUUUUCACUACGAAAUUUUUAUCUUGUUCUGCUUGCUGUAUUUCUCCUCGUUUAUACAUUUUGCAUCUCGCAAUGUUACUAAAGAGAGAAAACAGUGUAAGGAGCUUAUGAAAGUCAUGGGUCUACAAGACUCUGCAUUCUGGCUGUCCUGGGGCUUAAUCUAUGUUGUCUUCAUCUUUAUUAUUUCCAUAUUCAUUGCAAUUAUCAUAACAUAUACCCAGAUUAUAAUGAUGACUGGUUUCCUGGUCAUAUUUACACUGUUUUUCUUAUAUGGAUUAUCCUUGAUAGCAAUAACUUUCCUGAUGGCUGUUGUGUUACAGAAAGCUAUCCUCACUAACCUAAUUGUACUUCUCUUUACCCUCUUUUGGGGGUGCGUGGGGUUCACUGUCCUGCACAAAGAACUCCCCCCGUCUCUGGAAUGGAUUCUGAGCAUCUGCAGCCCCUUUGCCUUCACAUCUGGGAUGGCUAAGAUUAUCUUCCAGGAUUACAACCUGAAUGGUGUAGUAUUUCCUGACCCCUCAGGAGAAUCCUAUGCAAUGAUAGCAGUAUUUUCCAUAUUGGCUUUUGAUGGUCUUCUCUACUUGGUUUUGGCCCUGUAUUUUGACAAAAUCUUACUCUAUGGGGCCGAGCACCGGUCUGCUCCACUGUUUUUCUUGAAUCCAACAUCUUGUUUUCGAAAAACAGCUAAUAGAAACAAGGUCAUUGAGAGAGACCUAGACCCCGAUCUUCCUUCGGAUGAGUAUUUUGAGCCGGUAGAUCCAGCAUACCAAGGGAAAGAAGCCAUCAGAAUAAGAAAUAUUAAAAAGGAAUAUAAAGGGAAGUCUGGGAAAGUGGAGGCUUUGAAAGGCUUGUUCUUGGAUAUCUAUGAGAGUCAAAUCACAGCAAUUCUGGGCCAUAGUGGAGCAGGCAAAUCUUCAUUACUCAACAUCCUCAGUGGAUUGUAUGUUCCAACUGCAGGGUCAGUCACAGUCUACAAUAAAAAUCUCUCUGACACGCAAGACUUGAAGGAAGUCAGGAUGAUGAUUGGCGUUUGUCCUCAACAUAAUGUCCAAAUUGAUGCGCUCACCGUGAAGGAAAACCUCACCCUCUUUGCUAAAAUAAAAGGGAUUCUUCCACAGGAUGUAGCGCAAGAGGUACAACAAGUCGUAUCAGAAUUGGACAUGCAGAAUAUUCAGGACGAUCUAGCUGAACAUUUAAGUGAAGGACAGAAGAGGAAGCUCACUUUUGGCAUUGCCACUCUCGGAGAUCCUCAGAUUUUGCUCUUAGAUGAACCUACUGUAGGACUCGAUCCCUUUUCGAGGCAGCGAAUAUGGGGUUUCCUGAAGGAACGGAGGGCAGACCACGUGAUCCUCUUCAGUACUCAGUUCAUGGACGAGGCUGACAUCCUUGCUGAUAGGAAAGUGCUCAUCUCCAACGGAGCUCUCAAGUGCACGGGGUCUUCUGUCUUUCUGAAGAGAAAAUGGGGUCUUGGAUACCUCUUAAGUUUGUUUAUGGAUGAAACGUGUGAUUCAGAGCGGCUAACAUCCUUCAUCAAUCACCACAUACCCGAUGCUAAAUUAAAAGCAAAAACCAAAGAAAAGCUUGUGUACAUUUUGCCACUGGAAAGGACAAGUGAAUUCCCAGAGUUCUUCAAUGAUCUCGAUAAAUAUUCUGGCCAGGGCUUGAUGAAUUAUGAAGUUUCCAUGUCAACACUGAAUGAAGUCUUCAUGAACCUGGAAGGAGAACCAAGUACCACACAGGACUUCGAGAAAAGAGAAACAGUAACAGGCACAGAAAGCUUAAAUGAGAUGGCGGUGGUUUACACUUCUCUCUCUCAAGUUCAGAAGACUCUGAAUACCAUGAGCCUCUGGAGAACACAAGUCUGUGCUGUAGCGCGGCUUCGCAUCUUAAAACUAAAACGAGACAGAAAAGCAUUUUUGAUCAUUCUACUGCUUCUUGGACUUGCUCUGCUCCCACUGGGUAUAGAAUACAUGGCUAACACUUUGAUAGAGGUAAAAAACAACUGGGAAUUUAAAACAGACUCGUAUUUCCUGUCUCCCGGACAACUCCCUCAGGGCCUGCGAACCAGCCUAUUGGUCAUCAAUAACACAGAAUCAAAUAUUGAAGAUUUCAUACAGUCACUAAAGCAUCAAAACAUAGUUUUGGAAGUAGAUGACUUUGAAAACAGAAAUGCUACCAACAGCCUUUCCUACAACGGAGCUAUUAUAGUUUCUGGAAGACAAAAGGAUUACAGAUUUUCAGUUGUGUGUAACACCAAGAGGCUACACUGCUUUCCUAUAUUAAUGAAUGUUAUCAGCAAUGGGAUCCUCCGUAUGUUCAACCACACACAGUAUAUUAGGAUUAAGGAAGAUACAUUCCCACCAUACAUGGUGCUCCUAUUCUGGACUGGGAUACAGGAAGCUUGCCUGUUCAUACUGUGUGCUAUAUCCAGCGUCUCUCCACAUAUUGCCAUGAGCAGCGUCAGCGAUUAUAAAAAGAAUGCUGAUUCCCAGCUGUGGAUUUCUGGCCUCUACCCUUCGGCCUACUGGUGUGGGCAGGCAGUAGUGGACAUUAGCCUCUUCAGCGCAAUGCUUCUCACAUGCUACGUCACAUCAUACACGUCAAACCUGUUGAACAUUGACAUCACAAGCAAAAUUGUGCUAUCUGUAAUUGUUCUUGCACUUGGCUGUGCAGCUUCUCUUGUCUUCUUGACAUACGUGAUAUCAUUUGUUUUUGGCAAAAGGAGGAAAAACAGCGGCCUCUGGUCAAUUUGCUUCUUUAUUGUCACAGUCAUUAUGCUUGACGAAUUUUGGGCUGGUUCCGUCAGUGAAGCACCGGUUAUUUCUGCCAUGAUGUUAGUCCCUUCCUUUACAUUGAAUGGACUCCUGGUUGUCUUGGAUAUGAAAGCCUAUCAGCACUACGUAGAAUUUGGAGAGUUUAAAGACGGUUUAUCUGCGGCUGAUCUUCUGUUAUGCAUAAUACCUUACAUUCAUACGUUGCUGUUCAUUUUUGUUCUGAGAUGCCUGGAAGUGAAGUAUGGGAAGAAUGUAGUACGGAAGGAUCCCAUCUUCAGGAUAUCUCCACGAAGUCUAAAAGUUCAGCCAAAUCCUGAGGAACCUAUAGAUGAAGACGAAAACAUUCAAGCAGAAAGACUGAGAACGCACAAUGCCCUGAGCACUCCGAACUUAGAUGAGAAACCGGUCAUAAUCGCCAGCUGUCUGCACAAGGAGUACACAGGUCAGAAGAAACGUUGCUGUUCAAGGAGGACAAGGAACGUGGCAGUGAGGAACAUCUCUUUUUGUGUUAAUAAAGGUGAAAUUUUGGGAUUGUUAGGACCCGAUGGUGCUGGUAAAAGUUCCUCUCUCAGGAUGAUAGCUGGGGUCAUAAAGCCAACAGCUGGACAGGUGGAAUUAAAAAGGCUACGUUCAGCUGUGGGCCGCCAGGGCGACAGCAGGGCCGAGUUUGGGUACUGCCCUCAGGAGAACGUGCUGUGGCCCAACCUGACAGUGAAGGAACACCUGGAGUUGUACGCUGCUGUGAAGGGGCUGAGGAAGGAGGAUGCUGCCAUUGCCAUUUCAAGAUUAGUGAAUGCUUUUAAACUACACGGCCAGCAGAACGUCCAAGUACAGAACCUAGUUGCGGGAGCGACCAGAAAGCUGUGCUUUGUGCUGAGCAUCCUGGGGAAUUCACCUGUCCUGAUUCUGGAUGAACCAUCCACCGGCUUAGAUGUGUCAGGGAAGCAACAAAUGUGGCAGGCAAUCCAGGCAGCUGUUAAAGACAAGGAGAAGGGCGUCCUCUUGUCUACCCAUGACCUGGCUGAGGCGGAGGCUCUGUGUGACCGAGUUGCCAUCAUGGUGUCUGGAAGGCUUAGAUGCAUCGGUUCAAUCCAACACCUGAAGAGGAAAUUUGGCAAGGAUUACAUUCUGGAACUCAGAGUGAAGGACAUUUCUCGAGAGUCAUUAGUUCACAGGGAGAUCCUGAAGCUGUUCCCCCAGGCUGCAUGCCAGGACAGAUGUUUCUCCUUGCUGACUUACAAGCUACCCGUAACAGAUGUUCAUCCUCUGUCACAGGCCUUCCAUAAACUAGAAGCAGUGAAGCGUGGCUUUGACUUAGAAGACUACAGCCUGUCUCCGUGCACACUGGACAGAGUAAUUUUGGAGCUUUCAAAGGAACAGGAGCUGGCAGAUGUUUAUGAAGAAGCUGAUAUGACCAUGAGAAGGAAACUCCUCCCUCCCUCAGAUGAGCUGUAAAGUCUCAGACCUAAUCAUUCUGUUAUCCCACAAACUUGUUUUGUAUAUUAGUGAACAGAGUUAAUAAUCUCAAAGAUGUUUUCAUGUUAAAUUAUGCGUAUUUUAUCUGUUCAGUCAACAUCAAAAUAAAAUUUACAUUUAUUCAUGUCUUAAAACUUAGAGGCUAUAAGGAAUUAUAAACU